GUCAGUCGUUUCCUGCUGCCUUUAUCCUUUGCGAUUAGGAGGCGAACGGCAAACUGUGUUCAUGCAACUGGGAUAGUUAGCCGUUUCAGUGGUUUCUCUUUGCUGCUAAAUUGCAAAGAUAAAACAGCCACAAUGACGAAACUACAGCUUCUUCACCGCGCCCUGAACGAGCGUCUGAUGGCCGCGGUGGAGCAGAUCAUGGAGAUGGUUGGCGGGACUGUGCUGGAGUACGAGGAGGAGACGAUCCGGGCACGGAAAGAAAAUGAGAUUCUGAGACGGAGGCUCCGAUGGAUGGAGGGGGCCAAUCAAGCCGACUGGCCAGGCCCAUCAGAACCCAUUACGCUUUCCAUCCCAGAUGAGUCCAAUCCAUCCCCACAAGAUGAGAGUGCUGUCAACUUUGGAUUUGGACAAGAGUCAGAAUCACCUAUAGUCAAAACAGAGACUGCUGAUCACCCGGUGUACGGCACCACCACAUUACCUCAAAACAUUGAUCAGGGAUCCGACGUUGCUGGGACAAGCACUGGUAUUUCCUAUGGCCUGGCUGACGGUAUGACCUGGGACUCAGGCCAAAGUUACAUGGCCCCUCUGGACUUUGAUCCAACUUCGGGUACCACCAGGGUCAGGCACUGGAGAGGGUACAACAGAAGGCAGAGGAUGUCCUUUGCCUGUCCAGACUGUGGUAAAGUCUUUGGAAAGGAACAGAGGCUGUUGAUUCAUAUGCGGAUCCAUUCCUCCGAGAGGCCGUACAAGUACCGCCGGCGCAAGGCGUUCUUCUACGGUGACAAUAAGAAAAAGAAGAAACAGCUAGCCCUUUCUCAGCUAUCAAGAGGAAUAGAGGAUGAUCUGUCAGAUUGCUCUGAGCAAACCAACAGGAGUAGCGCAUCACCUGAACAGCUAGCACCAGACCAAAAAGAAAAGCCAGCCAGCAUGUCUACUGAGAGUGACCACAGCAGUGAUAAAGAACCAGAAAACAGAACUACUGCUCCUGUGCAAAAUCAAAGGAAAAAAGAUAAUAGAGCAAACCAGAUGGAGGUUCAUUGCCCUCAUUGCCCCAAUCGGGUGUUCGCUCGGCCCUGUCAGUUAGCCAUGCACAUGAAAACCCACACGGGCAAAGCUCUUGUAAAGCGUCCGGAUGAGAUGAUGGAUGUGAAGAUGAAACCACCCAAGAAGAAACUAAAAAAUGAUUCAGUGAAGAAGGCCAAAGUUAAGGGCAAAAGGCAGUUCCAUUGUCCAGAGUGUGACAAAGCCUUCAAACUGGCAAACAAUUUGUGUUUCCACAUGAAGACCCAUGAGGCUGAACAUUCUCGGCCAACUCGCAAGAUGCCAAUCCAGACUGAGCCAUCUAAAGAAGAAACUAUGGAGGCAGUACCUAAAACUACAGAAGUACAGAAUUUGCAAGAGCUAAAGAAAACGUUCGCCUGCCCACAUUGUGAUAAAGUGUUUAUCCGUGAAGGAUGGCUGAAGCCGCACAUUCGCACUCAACACCGGAAUAAAAAUAAGAGGCGUGGCAAGUUUGACAGUGGCCUGAAAAAAGCACAACGUCCUUACUACCAGCAAUUGUGUAAUGGCACAACUGUAAAACAGGGAGUCAAUCAGGAGUCUAAAAAAAAGAGUAAAGAAUCAUCAAAGGUCAACGCUAAACCAAGUCAAUCAAGUGAUGAGUCCAAUCUGGUUGUUGCUGGUUACCUCCAGAAAUUGCGUAAACGCACAACUGAGACACAGGAAGUCCCCAAGGAGUUGAAACAAAAAAAUGAAGAAACAAAAAAUUUCAAAGAUAAACAACGUCCAUCAAGUGAUGAAUCUAACCUGGUUGUUGAUGUGCCGCAAAUCACUACUGAUCUUCCUAAAAGGGGGACAGAUGAAUCUAAGUGCGCUCUUGAGCAAUCAAAUAAAGACACUUCAGACUCAUCAAGUGCUACAAAACUGAAGAGGAUGUUUCUGUGCAAAGAAUGUGGCAAAGAGUUCAUUCAUGAAAAGAGUUUAAAGAAGCACACAAGGAAACACCAGGGACGUAGGUUGCAUGAAGAAAAGAAAAGGAAAAGAGAGCAAUAUCUAGGGGAAGAUAAGCUUAUGGAAGAAGAAGGAAUGAGAUGGGGGGAGGAAAAGAAAAAGAAGCUUGAUAAGACAUCAACAAGUAAUCUCAACCCAAAUACGCAGAAACCUCAAGGAUCCCCAAACAAAGAGUUGCGGAAAGACAAAACCAGAGGUCAAGGGCCACUACCCUGCCCAUUUUGUGGCAAAGUUUUUGCUUGGGAAAUGCGGCUUUUGAUGCAUAUGCAGAUUCAUAGCGGCGAGAAACCAUACUCCUAUCGGCAGCGCAAGAAACGGUUUUAUGGAGACUUGAAAAGGGGCCAACUCCCUAAAAACCAUAAUCAGGAGACUCCAGAGAACAACAGUGACAAGUCUGAAGAAUCCAUGGUUGAAGAAACGGGGAACGAGGACGAAUCUACACAUCCGAGCAGCAGUACAACACGUGCAGUUUCUGGAGCUCUCGCAAGCGGUACUGAGACCCCUGGAAUGGAGGACCAAACUGGCAGCCUCAGCCUUCUACCUCAGGCAGCUAUUGAGAAGCCUAUCACCUGCGAUAAGAAUAAUCAAAGAACCAAAUCUGAGAUAAUCAAAGAUAUCUUGAGCAAAUUCAGUUUACAGCCAAGGAUUGUUCUAGAACCAGUUAUGACUGAAUUUAAGUACAGGAGCUCAGUGUCUGGAGACUUAAAAUCAGGUUGUUCUAAAAGAAGUGGCUUGGAGCAUGAAGAAACACCAUGCUCAGGAAUGGUUGAUGAAAUGGUAGACGCUGUGGAAGAUGAAAUUGUGGGUUCCAAGGUUGGCAUAAUAUCAGUGGAAUGCUCUGGACAUGGCAUCCAGAACAAGCCUGCAAAAUGGCAACAUGUUAUUCCUGAGACAGAAAUAGUCCCUGUAGAGGUUGGAUCUCCUCAGCAUGAUUCUCAAUCAGAAGUGGAGCUUGGUAACUUUGGGGGCCCACUGGCCGUUGAAUCCUCUGAGGGGAAAAACACAAAAAGUCAACAAGAAGAGGACUAUGACUGUUAUUAUUCUGGUGUUUCCAAGAAAACAGCCAUAAACCAGCUGCCGCUGAUCAUAAUUGAUGAUGAACUAGAACAGACAAAUGAAAGACCUGCUGCUGAACAUGCUCUGUCUGAAUGUGGAAGAAUGAAGUGUGAUUCAAAGUGUGAUUGUAAUAACAUUUCUACUAUGAAGUUAACUGUAAUCCCACCGACUAGCGAUUUAAAGUCUUUGUUCAAGGAAACUAGUUCUGGUGACAUGAAGAAGAAAAUUUACUCAGAAUCAGAUCUCGUUGUCCUCUCAGAUGGUGAAGAAAAUGUUGUUGAAGAUGUGCUGAAUUCUUCCAGAGGUUUAGAUGAAAAGAAAACUGCCUCAGUGCCUAGCGUUCAAAAUGAACAGUCAGUAGUGGGCAGCAAUCCUGGAGAAAAUCCUUCCAGCGACUUCAUUUUUUCAGCAUCAGAUGCAAUUGAAUCAAUCACGACUGAUGAGUCCACUUGUGUUCAUGCCAAAUCUAUUGAGAGUGCCUCAAACCAUACUGAUACUGAGGUUGUAACAAGUGAAAGAAAUGAUCAGAGUACCUCAAUUGACCGACUCACCAGAGACGAGAUGGCUUUUAAUACCAUCAGACAAACAGAGGACAACCCCAUGAGUUCAGUGGAGAAUAGAUCGUGUCAAACAACUGUUACGGUAUUUGCUGAUCAAGCAUCUACAUCAGAACUUAAUGAUGACAGGAAACCGCUAGAACUUGUCAGUGGCAAUGAGACAACCUGUGAGCAGACAGGUAUGCAAUAGUAGCAGAUUGGAAAGUACAACACGGACUCAAAAGUAAAUCUGUUCUUAAUCUGUGGAAAUUUAAAAGAGAUCUGUAAAUAAAUGAAUGGAGAAAUCUAAAUGUAUAAUGAAUUAAAUACUGUUUUUUUUUUUAAGUUUCUUAAAUGUCUGAAUCUAUUCUGGAUGCUUGAACUGACAUCUCAGGGAAAAAUGAACCUUCUGUACAAAAUGUUAGUUUUUUGUAAAAAGUUCUGAAGAAUUUUGUGUGCUCCCAAACUCUUCCACAACCCGUCAAGUCUGAUGGUAGUAACAACUGCUCAAAAAAAGUAAAGCAAGCUCUAUAUUGUCGAUCUAAUGGGAAGGAUAGAACUGCACUUAAAGUGUGAUCACACAGGAGAACCUGUGUAUUGACAAAGACUGUAAAAAAGGGAAAGCGUUAUUGAAAAUUUUCACAGUUAAAAAUAAAAUCAAGCAACCUAGAGACUCUAAAAUGGAUUGUAAGAACUCUUACUGAUGGAACACUUUUCGGGAACAUGCUCGGAUUUGUAAGCACAACAGGAACCCAGC